CAUCAACGUUCACGUAGCAUUACAAAGUCGAACGUCAACUGCGUGUCGUUACACCGAGCACGCCUCGCCGGGAAUCAUGAUGGGGCAGCCGCCGGACAUAUCUGGCGGUCAGAUAGAGUUUCGCAGUUUAAAUUUCGUCGUCGGUGAAUUAACACGUCUGCGCUAAACUGCGGCGAUAAAGGCGCGCGCUAGUGUCGGGUCGGGCAAGUGUCGAUCGGAUUUCGUGAGUGUGGUGUAAUGCUGAAGAUAUCGGUACCAAUUUUGGUUUGAUUUUAAACCGACCGUGAGUGUUUGUGUGAUUUUAAAUCCAUUGAAAUAAUUUCAAGGUCGACCGUGGGGGUUAAAAGGUUUUCUAAAAAAUGUCGCUGACCGACUUUGCAUUCGUAGCUACUGCAAUCGCUAUAUUCAUUUCGUUUUAUAAAUACUACCUACAUCUAACGUGCGGAAGAAUCACCUCCAGUCGCAACAUGGAAGGGAAAACUAUCAUCAUUACCGGCGCAAACUCGGGCAUCGGAAAAGAGACCGCCCGCGAUCUGGCGAAACGAGGAGCCCGAGUUAUAAUGGCUUGUCGGAAUAUGGAAACGGCCAAGCAGGCCCGAGACGAAAUCAUCGCUGAGCACAGCAGCGCCAGCCUGCUGUUGAAGCACAUCGAUCUCAGUUUCUUGGCUUCGGUGCGACAGUUUGCGCAGGACAUUAACGCCACGGAAGCAGUCAUCGAUGUACUGAUUCAUAAUGCGGGCGUUGCUCAAGGCUACAACAAUAAAGUCACAUCCGAUGGGUUAGAAUUUACUAUGGCCACCAACUGCUACGGACCGUUCCUACUAACGCACCUGCUUAUUGAUCUGCUGAAAAAGUCAGACCAAGGGCGGAUAAUUUUCGUGUCAUCCAAGCUGUACCGCUUUACACGAGUACGAAAAGAUCUAAGCAACAUCAAUCCGAUCAACUAUUUCUCACUGUUUCCGGUGGAGUUGUACAACUUAUCCAAAUACGUUGAGAUUAUGUUCACGCAAGAAUUAGCUCGUCGGCUAAAAGGAACGAAAGUAACAGCGAAUUGCCUACAUCCAGGGGUAAUCGAUACCGGUAUCUGGCGAAACAUUCCAUUCCCGGUGAACUUGCUGUUCAAACCGAUACAGAUGUGCUUCCGAACGCCGGAGGAAGGUUCUCGGACAACCGUUUUCCUAGCCGUAUCACCGGACGUCGAGAGCGUCAGUGGGAAAUAUUUCCGCGGGUGCAAGGUAAACCAACUGAACCGCCAUGUACAGAACGAGGAUGUCCAGUGGAGGCUGUGGGAAGCAGCGAGAAGUCUGGUGAAAUUGACCGAUAGUGAUUCAAAAAUAUAGCUAGGAUGAGCUAGGGAAAAAGCUCGAUUAGUUAGUAUUUUCUAUUAGGCACGCGGGAGUAGACAAGAAAAUAAGUUAACUGGAAACAGAUCAGG